AUGGAGUUCGAUACGGAAGAGCAUGCAUAUAGAUUUUAUAACAUGUAUACUGGAUUCGUUGGUUUCAGCGUUAGAAAAGAUUGGAGGAAUACAAGCAAAUUAGAUAAGGAGAUUGUAAUAUCUCGAAAAUAUGUUUGCUUUAAGGAAGGCUUUAAAAGGAUCAAAGAUGAUGAAGGAAAAAUUGUCCGCAAAGAUAUCAGAACAGGAUGUUUAGCACACAUGGUUAUUGGUCGAUCAUCAAAUGGAAAAUAUGUUGUUACUUCUUUUGUGAAAGGACAUAAUCAUGAGCUUGCAACUCCGAGGAGUAGGCAUAAGUUGCCCUCACAAAUGAGAGCUGGAGGGAGAGAGAAUGUUGGAUGCACAGCUAAAGAUAUCAGAAAUCAUUUGAGUUCUAAGAGGAUGAAGGAAAUGGAAGAAGGUGAAGCAUACACUCUUCUUCAUUACUUUAAAUCAAAGCAAACAGAGAAUCCGUCCUUUUUCUAUGAAAUUCAACUUGAUGUUGAUAGUCAAAUAACUAAUAUUUUCUGGACGGAUGCAAAAAUGGUUUUGGAUUAUGCUUAUUUUGGAGAUGUGGUAUGCUUUGAUACCACUUACCGCACUAAUAAGAAUUUACGACCAUUUGCUCCCUUCAUUGGUUUCAACCAUCAUCGGGAAAGUGUAUUAUUUGGUGCAGCAUUACUAUAUGAUGAAACCGCUGAAUCGUUUGAGUGGUUGUUUAAGACUUUUCUCAAGGCUAUGUGUGGAAAAAAGCCAAAGACAAUUUUCACAUAUCAAGAUGCUGCCAUGGCAAGAGCAAUUGCAGAGAAUGUGCCUUUUUUACAUGAAGGUCUGGAUCCUACAUCACUUGAUAUUAAUAUGAUACAGGAAUUCAAUUCGGGUCCAGGUCCUACAUCACUUGAUAUUAAUAUGACACAGAUUGACACUUCUUCUUUUUUUCCUAUAUAG